AUGAAUUCCUUAUUUUUUUUAAAUUCUUUAAAGUAUAAAAUAUUCCAAAAUUUUAAAAAUGAAAAAAUAUAUUUUUUUAGUUCGGUUAAAAAAAAAUUUGGUGAGUUGCACCAACCAAGAACUAGAUAUGAAAAAAAAAGUCAUUUAGAAGUAAUUGACGAAGUAUAUUUUGAUAUGGUUGAUGCUAUGAAGGAAAAAACUAAAUUAGAAAUGGAAGAAUAUAGCAAUAUAGAUAAAAAUAUAUCUGAAAUUAUUUUAAAUCAUAGUGUUUCAAAAAAAAAUGAAGUUAUAAAAAGUUUGAUGAGAUAUUGUAUUGAACUAAAAAACAAAAAAAAUGAAAUGGGAAAUAAAAAUGAAUCUGGAAAUAUAAAAGAGUUUAAUAAUAGAAAUAAUAAUAUAGAAGACAUCCUAAAUAUAAUAAAGAGCAACAUAAGAGAUUAUAGUGGGCAUUUCAAUUCUUGUGAAAUAGGUAUAAUUUUAAAAUGUUUUCUUAAAAUAAAAAUAAACGAUCUAAAUACUGUAAAUAUAUUGUUGCAUCACUAUUUUAAAAGAAAUAUGAGAUUUUCUCAAUAUGGUUCUCUAUAUGUGUUAAAUUCUUUUUCUAAAUUAAAUUUACUACCAAAUCAAUUGAAUAAUUUCAAAUUAUUAUGUUCUGAUAUAUUAAAAAAGUUAAACAAUUUUGAAUUUAAAAAUUUAUGUUUAAUUUGCAAUUAUUCCUCAGGAUUAUAUAAUUUCAGUAGAAAAUUUAUUAGUAAUUUUAUUGAGGAAAUUUGCAAUUUUUUAGUAAAACAAAAUUAUAGCGAUGAUUAUUGGUGUGCUGAUUCUAUUCAUUAUGUUGCAAAUUCUUGUGCUAGAGUUAAUUAUUUAAAGAAGGAAUUAUUUAUUUUUCUAGAAAAAAAAAUUAAAAAAAAAAUUAAUUUUUUUUCGUUAGAUCAGUUGGUCUCUUUAACUAAUGCAUAUAGUAAAUUUAAAAAUGCAGAAGAAUCAAACUUCUUAUCUUUAUACUUAAUAAUAGCAGAUGAAAUAAUAAAGAAAUCUUAUUUAUUAAAACCAAGACAUUUAGGUGUUUUAGCUAAUUCUUUUAACAAUGCGUGUAUACUUCAUGAGCAUUUAUUCCAUGUUAUUACUGAAAAUAGCUUGAUAAAUAUAAAUUUAUUUGAACCUAAGCAAAUAGUUAUGUUAAUACAUUCUUAUGUAAAUAUUGGCUUAUUAAAUAAUAAUUUAUUAGAUUCUAUAUGGGAUAGAGCUUUUUUAUUUAUAAAGGAUUAUAGCCUUCAAGAAUUGUCUAUGUUAUUACAGUCAUAUACCAAAAGUUGUUAUCAUAAAGAUGAUUUUCUUAACAAAAUAAUUGAAAGAAUAUAUCAAUUUAUUUCAUUAAAUUACCCUUUUAUAUCAAAGAAAGUGGAUACAUAUACUUAUGAAAAAUAUAUAAAUGCAAUGAAUUGUCUAAAAAGUAAUCAAAAUUAUAAAUCAUGUAAUGUUACAUUAGAUGAAUGUUAUAUAAUUUUUUAUUUAAUAUACAACAAGCAAAAUAAUUUUAAUCAUAUAAAUGAAAACUUGAAGAAUCAAAAUAAAAUGAAUGAUUAUAUUUGUUCAAAUAAUAUAAGCGAUAUGAAAAAAAAUAAUAAUUUAAAUAAUGAAAUGAGUAAUGAAAAAAAAUGCAAUCAAAUAAAAAAUUAUUCAGGAGUCAAUUUACAAAAAAAUAAUUUAGAAGAAUUUUCCAUUAAAUUAAAAGAUCAUAAAAAUACUUAUGAUACCAAUAAAAGUGAUAAAAAUUUUCAAAAUAAUAUUUCAAUUUUACAAUCAGUAGAUGGAAAAAAAAAAAAAGAAGCUAACAAUAGUAUAAUUGAUGAUAUAACCUCUAGUAAAAAGAAUUGUGUUAAUUAUUCUAUGAAUAAUUACUGUAACCUCAUUUGCAACGAAAAUAAAAAUGAUUAUUUACAAAGUACAAAUUAUUUAUUAGAUUUUAAUUACUUGGAAAAAUGUUUAAUAAAAUAUCUGAGUAAAGAUAUAAAUUCUACAUUAUUAUGUUCUAUUAUAUAUUCUUUAAUUAAAGGAAAUUGCUAUUUACAGUAUGAUUUAUUAAUUUGUUUAUCAAAAUUAGCUAUUAUUUAUAUGAAACAAUUUAAAUUUUCAGAACUAGCUAAUAUUUGCUCUGCUUUAUCAGAAGCUUAUAUUUGUGCUUCUGAUGAAAAUAACAAACAAAAUGAAAUAAUAUCAAAAAAACAAAAAGAAGAAAUAACGAAUAUUUAUAAUUCAUUUGAAGCAAAGGAGGAAAUUUUAGGGUCAAUUAAAAAUACAAAAUAUGACGAAAAAUUAUAUAAUUCUUCUAAGGAGUAUUUAAUCAUAUGCAAAUUAUUUUUUGAUAAUGUUGAAUUUUAUUUGAAAAAGAAAAAAAAUUUAUUCACCGAUGUGUAUAGUAUAUAUAAAUUUAUAACUUCUUUUGGUGCAUUAAGAAUAAACAAAUAUUCGUCAGUUGCAUUACAUUUAUUUAAAUUAUCUCUUAUGGAAAUCAAAAAUUUAUCUUAUUUGCCACUUCAAAAAAUAGCAAAUUCUUUUAUACAAAUGAAUGUUUACGAUGAAGAUGUGUACGCGUUUAUAAAUAAAGUGCAAAAAAUGAAAAAAAAAUAA